CGCGGACGGCGGACCACGGACCACGGCUCAUUUCAAAUUUUUCAUUCUCCUCCGACUUUCUCUUCCUCUCCCGCUUGUCAGCUCCGGCGCUCUGCUCUGUCUGUUUCUCUCGGCACACCCACGCGGCGCCGGGCGGCGAGCGGCGACGAAGAUGUCCACAGCCGGAACACCAGGGUCUCCAAACGACGAGCUGGAGGAAGAAGUUAACCAAAUGGCCGAGAAACUUGCAGAUUACCGGGCCGCGGUCUUGGAUAAGCUCAAUACCAAUCUGCCGUCUAUUCUUGCAUCUACCUCACUCGUGGUGGAGAAGAAUGUUGAUUUCGGUUCCCAAUUUCAGCCGGGACCUUCGCAUCCACCUGAUUUUGCAGCUGUUGAAUCUGAAGCAGUAGGUUCCUUGAGAAAACAAGAGCAGGAUGAGGCCGAGAAAUUGCAGCUCCUGAAACAGAAGUUCUUGAGCAAUGCAAAUGCAGUAUCAAGUGUGUCAAGGAAGAUGAAGGAAAUAACAGAGUGUAUGGAAAAGAUUGAUAAAUUAGAGCCGCAGAAUGGAGUUAUUCACCGUGCUUUCAAAAGAAAAAGGGAGUAAGCUGACCAGAUUCACUUUCUUGUAUGGUAUGGUAUGGUAUGGUAUUUUUAGUUGACGAUGCCUUUGAACUGAUUUAGAGAAUUGAUUGGCUGGUCUAAGUCAUUGUUUAGCUUGUUGUAAUUACAUAGGUACACCUAAUCCACAUGUGUAUUGUGAGCUAAAUAGUCAUGACAAUAGGGGGAUUAGCUCAGAAGAAUCUACUGAAAAAUUGUAAGCUUUGUCAAUGAGG